AUGACAACGAAGUGGACAUCUACCAAACUACGCGAAGCCUUUAUCGAAUAUUUCAAGACAAGCAAUCACACGAUUGUGGAUAGCUCGUCUGUCAUACCGCACAAUGAUCCAACGCUUCUGUUCGUGAACAGUGGAAUGGUCCAGUUCAAACCGGUAUUUCUUAAUCAGCCCUGUCAGUUUAGCGAGUUAAAACGGGCAGCCUCUAUACAGCGCUGUAUACGGGCAGGCGGUAAGCAUAACGAUCUUGAGGAUGUUGGGUUUGACACGUACCACCACACGUUCUUUGAGAUGAUGGGCAACUGGUCAUUUGGUGAUUAUGGGAAGGAACAGGCAAUUGAUCUUGCGUUCAGGUUUUUGACUGAGGAAUUGCAGCUGGAUAAGAACAGAAUAUACGUGAGCUAUUACGUGCCUGAGGGAUGGAAGGAUGGCAAGCAGACUGGUGCACAGACACAGGCUGAAGUGCAGGAGGAUGCUGUUGCACUAGAAGCUGAUUAUGAGACAAAAGGCAUUUGGAUGAAGUAUCUGCCUGAGUCACGCAUUCUGCCCUUCACCAAAGAAAAUUUCUGGGAGAUGGGCGAUACAGGGCCGUGCGGACCGUGCACAGAGAUACACUACGACUUGAAGGGGACAAAUGGCCCAGAACAGGUCAAUAAAGACGAUCCGUCGUGUAUCGAAAUAUGGAACUUGGUCUUCAUGCAGUUCUACAGGAAUGAACAGGGCACACUCUCACGUCUCGAUAAGUUGAGUGUUGAUACAGGGAUGGGCAUGGAGAGGGUGCUUGGCAUCCUCAACGGGACCAAUAACUACGAUACAGACCUGUUCAUUCCGUUGUUUGAGAUGACCGGUCUGUCGUACAGCAGGCAUGAGAAUUUUGAAAAAGAGAAAAAUACCGAGGGACUUAGAACACUCUCCGAUAAUGUGGCACUACGAAUAAUUGCUGAUCACGCUCGCACAAUUGCGAUAUGCCUGUUUUAUGACAUAUCAUUUUCUAGCGAUGGGGCAGGUUAUGUCCUCAGAAGGAUCACAAGGAGAAUGAUAAGAGUGUUGCACAACAAAAAUCUUCACAAUUUGAAGGAACUUGUUUUAAAGGCAGCAGACAUCCUGGAAAUACCACUUGCAGAUAGUAAAAUGGAGCAGUUAGAAAAUGAGCAAAAAUUGUUCGAAAAGACACUUAACCAGGGCGUAAAGUACUUUAACCAAUUUAAGACGAUCACAGCAAAGGAGAUGUUCAUCUUGAAAGACACUUACGGCUUUCCGUUCGAUCUUACAGAACAGAUGUGCAGAGAGAAGGGGAUUGUUAUCGACAAGAAUGAACUUAAAAAGUUGGUUGAAGAGGGAAUAGAGAGAAGUAAGGUAAAGAAAAAGGCGGGUGUUGCUAUAAAAGAUUCGUGGAACGUUGAAUACGAACCAACAAAAGAAUUUUUGGAACGUGAUUACGAGAACUUUGAUAGCUCCCUGUUUUUUGUAUUUGAUGGCAGUAGAAUUAUCGAGGAGAAAGAUCAUGAACAGCUGACAGACAGGGAAAUUGGGCUUGUUGCUGACAGAACGUGUUUUUACAGUGAAAAGGGCGGUCAGAUUGGUGAUGCCGGAGUAAUCGUAUUUAUGGAUGAAAAUGGAAAUGCGAUCGGUAAGAUGAACGUCAAUGAUACGCAGAGGAACCAAAAAUACGUCGUUCAUAAGGGUACAGUUGAGGGACAGGUGAGCACAAUGCUAAAUAUGAAAGUUGAUCUGGAUCGCAGAUUUAAAAUACGUUGCAAUCAUACGGCAACGCAUCUUUUAAACCAAAUACUGAGAGAAAAGUACGGAUCUGCGCAGAAGGGCUCGUUAGUUGCUGAUGACAAGCUCAGGUUCGAUUACACAAUGAACCGUAAAUUGGAAGGAAAAGAGAUAAAAGAGAUUGAAGAUAAGCUAAACGAAAUGAUACAGAACGGUUACAAGGUGACGGUUUAUGAGCGAAAAUAUGAUGAUGUGAAGGACUGUGCGGUUCACCUUGAGGAGGAAAGCUAUCCUGAUGUGGUGCGCGUAGUUGAUGUGGAAGGUGUGAGGGAACUUUGUGGAGGACUGCAUGCUGAGAGCCUUUCGCAGAUAAAGUGCUUCAAAAUUAUCAGUGAGGGCAGUAUCAGCUUUAACACGCGGCGAAUAAUUGCUUAUACUCGUGACAGAGCGCUCGAAUGCCAUGAUAACGCAUUAAAAAUUGAGAGCUUUGAACUGAGCACGUGCCAUGAAUGGGAAGACAAUCUGGGCCUGCUUGAUAAAAUGCGGUUGAUGGACCUGAAGCAGAGCAAAAUCAAGGCAAACAUGAAAAUACGAAAGGAGAAAGUGAAAAAAUACAGCCAGUCUCACGAAAGGGUGAUCGUUGCAGAUCUUAUUGGCGAUAAAAAGAGUAUUUUGAAAGAUUUAAAUGCAAUAUUUCACAAUGUAAGCCGAAUAAAUGCCGAAGUGAUCGUUCUAGCCAAUGUUGAUGGUGCGUAUCCCUUCGUGUGUAACAACUUGGAGAGGACUGCCGACUACUUAAAACGUUGGGGUGCACAAAACGUUAUUAAUGUGCACGGCAAGUUGUGCGGUGAAAUACCGGAAUUGAAUCCUAAGGAGUUUACUGAUGGUUUUAAAUAAACGUGCCAGGUUGAGAUUUUUGUUUGCGUGAGAUUGGGACUGUUCCUUUUAUGAAUGCUCGUCUAUUUUUGAUGGUGUAUGCCGUAGUUCCCUACAAGCAUUGGAGUAGCCCUGUGCCAUGGUUAGACAAAAAUCUCACCUGCA